AUGAACCUAACGCCUGAGUCAGUUCCAACAAAUGUGACAACAUGGGAAUGGGUCUUUGAACAACCACACCUACCAAAUGGCAAAUACGAAAAUGCCGUCACGAAAGAGUCCAUCGACUACGAAGCCGUCAAGCAGAAAUCAACCCAACUGAGCAGUGCUCUCAUCCAGAAUGGCCUCCAACCCGGCGAUACAGUAUCGUUAUUCGCAACGAAUACAAUCUGGUAUCCUGUCGCUCUCUGGGCUACGAUCAGAGCAGGAGGACGCAUCAACGGCGCAUCAUCCGGCUACAAUGCAGACGAGAUGACCCAUGCACUCAAAACGGCAAAGACAAAAUUCCUCUUUACAUUACCCGCAUCUCUCGACGUCGCCUUGGAAGCAGCCAAAAACGUCAAUCUACCCGCAUCCAACAUCUUCCUCCUCGAAGGCAAACGAUCAGGCUUCACCACAAUUCACGAGCUCAUAUCCCACGGCUCAACACUCACACCCCACCCCCCGUUCUCCAUCCCACCCAAUCAAACCAAUAAAACCAUCUGCGCCUACCUCAACUUCUCCUCCGGCACAACCGGCCUCCCCAAAGCCGUCAUGCUCUCCUACCACAACAUCAUCGCCCAAUGCCACCAACUCCGCCAAAUGCAAGUCAUCGAACCCAACGAACGCCUCCAAGCCUUCGCCGUCACCCCGCUCUUUCACAUCACCGGUCUAGUCCGCUACAUCCACUACCCCGUCUUCCUCUCCGGCGACUCCAUCAUGCUUCCCUCCUUCAACCUCGAAACCAUGCUGCAAACCAUCAUCUCCCACAACAUCCGCGAACUCAUCCUCGUACCCCCGAUUGUCAUCCGGCUCGUCCGCGACCCCAUCGUCGACAAAUACCUCCCUUCCCUCCUCCCUAUCGUUCGCCGCUGGUCUUCCGGCUCAGCCCCCACCCCUCCCGAAAUCAUCGCCCUUCUACACGCUAAAUUCCCCAGCACCGGGUUCAGGCAGGGCUACGGCGCUACCGAGUCCACCGCUUGCAUCACCUGCCAUCCGCCCACGCAUUACGAAUACAAGUACGCUCACACGGGGGGUAAGUUGUGUGCCAACACGAUGGCCAAAGUUUUAUCGCUGGAGGAUCCAAGUGUGGAGAUGGGAGUGGAUGGGGUGGGCGAGAUUUGCGCAAAAGGACCUCAAAUUGCGAUGGGGUACUUGGAUAAUGAAGCGAGUACGAGGGAGACGUUUGAUGCGGAAGGGUGGUUUCAUACGGGGGAUGUGGGGUUUUUUGAUGCGGAGGGGAUGAUUCAUAUUGUGGAUCGGAUUAAGGAGAUGAUAAAAGUCCGCGGCCAACAAGUCCCCCCGGCCGAACUCGAAGACGUCCUCCAAGGCCACCCUUCCGUCUCCGACGUCGCAGUGCUCGGCAUUCCCGACGCCUACUCGGGUGAAAAACCCAAAGCCUACGUCGUGUUGCAACCCGGCCACACACCCAGUGCGGAGCUGGGAAGGGAAUUACUGGCUUGGGUCAAAGAGAGGAAGAGUCGGUAUAAAUGGUUACUGGAAUUGGAGUUUGCGGAGAGUGUGCCGAAGAGUCCGACGGGGAAAUUGUUGAGACGGGUGUUGAAGAGUGGGGAUCGGGAGGCGGGGAGAGCGAGGGGUGUGACGGUUAGGGAGGAGAGGGGCAAGUUGUGA